AUGAAGCUCACUUCCGUCGUUAUCCCUCUUUUCCUCUCCCUCUCCGUCAAUGCGAUGCCCAUCGCCAACGCCGAGGACACUGCUGCAACCCUCGAGGCGCGCAGCGUCAAGUGUCGGUUCAAAAGCUACGGCUGGCAAAACGUGAAGUGCUUUUACCAAGGCGCUGAUUGGGGGCACUCUUGGUUAGAGGUCGGCCCCAACACCUCCAUCAAUGCUGAGGACCUUGACAUGGCCACCUGCAAUAUCAAGGAUAUCCCCGGCUGUCCCAGCUAA